UCUCAUCGUUCUCCUCCUCGUUUAUCGCGUAAUUGUGGUUUCGAUUUAAGGGUUUUUUUUUUUUGUUGAAUUCCUCAUCUGGGAUUAUUAAAGUUUUCAUCUUUCAUUGAGUUCUUAGUCUUACCAGUCGUAAUAUUUAUUUGAGAAUUGAAAUUGUUGAUCUUUCUUUGUUGGGUUGUGAUUUUGAAGAUGACUGAAGAAGAUAGUGGCAAAUUAGUGUCCUCGGAACAACAAACCCGACCCGCUUUGUGUGAUUUGACGAAUCUCCCAGCUAAAAGGGGGAUUUCUUCGAUUCUGGGUGAUUUGAUUAAUGAAUCUGGUAAGUCCAUUGUUGCUCACGAAGGUUCGAGAGAGAAGUUUUCAAAGAGGUUGUGUUUAGUUGUGGAUGAUUUGGUUAAGGAGAAUGCUAGUCCUGUUGGUACAACUAAUGAAGGGUCUUCUUCCAAUUAUAAGAAGAAUAGUUGUGGUGGCUCUGAUGAUGACAAAGGAGAAUCUGAGGAGUAUCAUGAUGCUGUUAUGGAAUUCUCCGGUGGAGAUGGCAAUGCAUCCAAGGAAAGCAGGUCUUUACAGAUCUAUUUUGAGCCUGGCGAUAGGGACGGUGCACGGGAGUUAAACGAGUCUGCUGAUGCGUGUCAAACGGAUGUUACUGGUGAAGGGUUGGCUUUAUCUGUGUUUACUGGCAACGCCGAGAGACAGAAUCCAGGGGAAGACUUGCCUAAUUGUCGGAAUUUGAGAUCAUUUGAAAUGAGUAGGUGCUCAAAUGUUAAGAGGAAGGAGCAUGUGGAUCAGAAUAUGGGAGAUGACUUGCUUAAAUCAUGCUCCUGUUCUUUUUGCCUUAAAGCUGCGUAUAUCUGGUCAGAUCUUCAUUACCAGGAUACCAAAGGUCGAUUAUCCGCCUUGAAGAAGAGUCAGAAAAAAGCUAGCAACUUGAUUCAAAGAAACGGCAAAGAAUGGCCUACAGAUUUUCAUGCAGCGGUGAACUCUUCUAGUUCUGGGAAACAAGAGUCUAAACUCAUGGGGCAAUGGAGGUCGCUCUUUCUUAGCAUGGGUGAAAUCCUAGGUCAUGAAAGUAACCACCUUCAAAAGAGCUUUGAGACAAUGAGUAAAUAUCGAGAAGACUGCAAGAUGGAUUUGGAGAGAGCGAUGAAAACACCUCACACAACACCUAGUAAGUAAGUACUCUUUUCGAGUCUCAACUUGAUCAAACACUGUAAUGAAUCGAACUUCUUUCCUUUCUGAAAAUUAUAAUAUCUGGACGCAAUGUAUAGAUGUUUGAAUUCGUAAAUGAUUAUGUAUUUGUGAGAUUACAGUUGGUGUUAGUUCUUCUCUCAAACUCUUUGUGUUCUUCUCUCAAAA